GAAUAAUCCAGCGGAGCAGAGAACAGAGGAGUAGGAUCGAUCUCGACGGCCGCCAUGUCCAAUCGCGAUAGCUCCGGCGGUGGGUGGUUCGUCUACGACGAGAGCAGCGACAGCUACGAUCUCAACACGCGGAUCCUCGCCGCCGCCGUCAUCUUCCUCGCGGUCGUCGUCCUCCUAGUGAUCGUCCUCCACCUCUACGUCCGCCAUGUGUUCUUCCGCCGCCGCCGCAAUAACCUCGAGGCCUCGGCGGCCUCCGGCCGCCGCUUCCUCCGCUUCUACGUCACCGACCCCGCGCACGACGACCACGUCGCUCCCGGGCUCGAUCCCUCCGCCAUCGCCGCGCUCCUGGCGCGCCCUUACCGGUCGACGGCGGGCGGCGACGGCGAGUGCGCCAUUUGCUUGAGCACGGUGGAGGACGAGGAGAUGGUGCGGGUGCUCCCGGGCUGCGGCCACCUGUUCCACGUUGGGUGCAUCGACAUGUGGCUGGGCUCGCACUGCACUUGCCCGGUGUGCCGGGUAUCGGUGGAGCCCCCGUCGGCGACUGCCGCGGCGGAGGACGGCUGCGAAGCGACUACUCCGGCGUCUCAGGAGGAAGCGACGUUGGCAGCGAAAGAAUCAGAGUCGGCGUCGUCGUUCACGAGAAUUCUCAGCUGGGAGAGGUCAACGGCGAGGAGGCCGCAAGGGCAAGGCAUAGAAGACUUGGAGAGACAGUAAAAAGAAAGCUACUCAUAUAAAUCAGGAUUUUCACUGAUCACAAUUAUAUACGUAUAUAUUUUUUCACCCUAUUAAGAAAUCGUACAAUCAUUUGUUUUGACAGAUAUAUAAUUUUCUUUCGUCUAUUCGCCGGAAUC